AUGGAACCACCUGGAACCUUCUGGAACCAGCCUGGGGCACCCCUGGACCCGCAGCCCCCGCUGUGCCCAGAGCCCUGGGAGCCCGAGUUCCGCUACGUGGCCGGGAUGCACGGGAACGAGGUGCUGGGCCGGGAGCUGCUGCUCAACCUCAUGGAAUACCUGUGCCGGGAAUUCCGGAGGGGCAACCCCCGCGUGGUGCAGCUGGUCACGGACACCCGGAUCCACCUGCUGCCCUCCAUGAACCCCGACGGAUACGAGACCGCCUACGAGCUGGGCUCGGAGCUGGCGGGCUGGGCCAUGGGCCGCUGGACCUACGAGGGCAUCGACCUCAACCACAACUUCGCCGACCUGAACACGGCGCUGUGGGACGCCGAGGACAACGACCUGGUGCCCCACGAGUUCCCCAACCACUACAUCCCCAUCCCCGAGUACUACACCCUGGCCAACGCCACGGUGAGGCUGCAGCAGCCCCCGGGGUGCUGGGCUGUGCUGUCCCAGGACAGGGUGACCGUGGUGCUCCUGGCUGUGGGACCAGAGCUCUUCCUGCUGGACAACACCUCCUGCUCCAGCGUGACCCCCCCUGGGCUGAGCCCCUCAGCGGGGCCGUUCCUGCACAUGGCUGUGUCCUUCAACCACCGGCUCCUCGCCCUGUUCUGUGACUCUGGGUACAUCUGGAUGGGCCUGGCCACGCUCAAGGAGAAGUUCUGCGAGUUCAACAGCACCGUCCGAUCCCCCCCCAAGCAGAUGGUUUGCCGGAUUGCCUCCAUGGCCCCGGGGGCUCUGCUGCUGGAGGCACAGAAGGAGUACGAGAAGGAGAGCCAGAAGGCCGACGAGUACCUGCGGGAGAUCCGGGAGCAGCAGCUGCUCCCCGAGGCCGUGGGCCAGUGCAUCGAGGCCGCGGGCUACGAGCACGAGCCCCACACCCAGAAAUCGCUGCUGAGGGCAGCUUCCUUCGGGAAGUGCUUCCUCGACAAGUUCCCCCCGGAGGGCUUCGUGCGGAUGUGCCAGGACCUGCGGGUCCUCAACGCCAUCCGGGACUACCAGAUCGGCAUCCCGCUCACCUUCACCCAGUACAAACAACUCACCAUCGAGGUCCUGCUGGACAGGCUGGUGCUGCGCCGCCUGUACCCCUUGGCCAUCCGGAUCUGCGAGUUCCUGCGGCUCCCGGAGAUCCAGGGCGUGAGCCGCAUCCUGGCGCACUGGGCCUGCUCCAAGGUGCAGCAGAAGGACAAGUCGGACGAGGAGGUGGCCCAGGCCAUCAACCAGAAGCUGGGGGACACCCCCGGGAUCUCCUACUCCGAGAUCGCCACGCGCGCCUACGACUGCGGCCGGGCCGAGCUGGCCAUCAAGCUCCUGGAGUACGAGCCGCGCUCCGGGGAACAGGUCCCGCUGCUGCUGAAGAUGAAACGGAGCAAACUGGCCCUGGGGAAGGCCAUCGAGGCGGCCGAGGCGGCCAUGGAGCACAAGAGCGAGGCCGAGAUGAACCUGGUGCUGUCCCGCUGCUCCCCCGGCACCGACGGCGCCCUGGCCGAGAAACUCACCCGGGCCCGGGCACAGCUGCUCAAGAAGUGA